AAUACACUCUCGAUCCGUGCUAUAUGAAAACACCUAAGAGGAAAAUGGCUGGUCUGCCAAGUUUUUUCCAGUCUUCCAUCAUAUAGACUUUCCAGAGAAACAAUACAGUCACGAUGGCAUCGCCAUCGUCGGCUGCUAUGCCUGUGCAGCUUCAGACACCUGUGCGGUUUGCAGACUUCUUUUUCCAGUGUGGUCUCAACCCUACGACAAAGUUGGUCGAUCGUCGAGUUCUUGAAGAUGGGUCAAUGGCUGGGGAUAGGAAUAGACAAUCCGCAGAUGAAUUCCAGGAGCGCACCGCCUCACCGUUAUCGGAUGCGGCAUCGCCGAUGCUUUUGCCGGAAGUUGAACAAGCGGACACAUCCACUGGAUUGGAGGUUCGGACCAGAAGUGCUCUGCAGAUACCCGAGUACAGACUACUCGGAGAAGGAGAAAUUCCCUGCGUUCGUGUCCAUGUUUUGUUUUCCGGACAACAUACACCUUUGUCAUGAUGACAACGGCGCCCCACCAGAGACGUAUCAUUCAUUCGUUAUCACGGAGGAAACCGGGCAAAAGCUGUAUGGCGUGACGGUGACCACGUACGAGCGGCUCCACUCGAAUCAUGCGGCCGAGAUCGAGAGCAUCGCUCAGGACAUGAGGAGCAGCGCUCUGGGAUCAACCGAUCUCGAGUACAUCCAGCACAUUCGUUCCCAACUAGCCGCAAAGCAGGAAGCUCUCCUCCACGCCCGAAUGGGUAUCUCCGACCCUCACAGCUUAGGUAUUCGUGAGGCUGAAUCACGCAAAUCCUCCAUCACCAGCGGAUCCCCAGCCCUCGCCACUGCCAACACCUUGCAAGACGUGGAAGAGAAGGUCAAGCUCUACAGGGACUUGCUGGCGCCGCUCACCAGUCUCCUGGUCGAUGUGGAGAACGUCUACGUCCCGAGGAGCAUUGGAGUAUUGAGUCAUUGGCCAUGGCAUGACUUUCUAAAGGAUUGGCUGUGUGAGGUUGUACGUGUUAUGCGCGGAGAUUAUGACGAGUGUCCACAGAACAAGGUGAUCGCGCCGCUCGAGAGGUUUGUGAUCAAUCUUAUCCACGAAAUACCGCUCCCGCCGCCAGGGAAACUGGAAAUCAGCCUUCAUGUCGGUCAGCUGACUCUAUAUUGUUCGAGACCACCUGUGAAUACCAUAUCUCUUCUCAAAAAUUUUUCGCUAUAUCCGCUUUUCCGCACCCUUUCCAUUGCAAAUAUUGUGACCCUCUUCGAGAUCGCGCUUUCCGAGCAAAAGAUUAUCUUCCUCUCCUCCCACCUGUCCAUGCUCACAUUGGCGUCCGAGUCGCUCUGCCUCUUCUUCUUUCCUCUUUCGUGGCAACAUAUCCUGAUUCCCGUGCUGCCGGCGCGGCUUAUGAGCUACCUGCAGGCGCCUAUGCCGUAUAUCAUCGGAGUGCAGAGAGAGUACUUUACUUCGGAUAUGCAGGAUGAAUGGAAGCCGCCAGAUGUUAACGUCGUUGACUUGGAUAACGAUACGAUAGAGAUAGGUGCGCCUCCAUUCACCCUUCCCACCAAAGAACGAAAGAAGCUCGUCACGCGGUUAGAGAAAGCCACCGGACGGUACAUCCCAUUUCCCAGUCCUGGUCGACCAGGGCCAGGUCUGCCAACUCCAGACCGUGUAAACAGCCGCCUCGACAAAGGCGUCCCCAUGACCUCGCAGUACGCUCUGCCACUCAACAAACAUCCCCCAAGAUCCUGCGAGUCCACACGUGCGACGGCGCCGCUGAAAACACCCCGAAGCCGUUUUGCAAGACAGCACAACACGCAUCUCGAGACGCCUGAAUCAGCGUCAGCAAAGAGACGGUCGUUGCCGACGAGUCCGUCCGGGAUGGGCUCGGCAUGGUUGGAUCGACUGAACAAGACGUUUUCGACCAAUCAGGUCACCCCAGCCUCAGGUGCGGCCGAGAACGCGAGCGUAUCAAGCGGUUCCUCUACUGCGACUACAGAGACAACGACGCAGAGUACGUGGUGGGGACUUGGGAAAGAUAACAGGCGACAGUCGAUUGACGAGGAGGGAAGUUUGACAAGCACUAAUCGCUCGGGCGCAAGUGAGGGUGCCCCUGGAUCGUAUGGGAGCUUGGAGAAGCCAGGAGGGUCAAGUUCGUCCGAGCCGGGGUUCACUCCUCGGUUACGGAACGUGUUCAAGUCGAGUCGAGCGUCGAGUAAGCUGGAGGAAAAGUCCAUGAGGCCUUCCGGUUCCACCACAAGUCUCUCCUCAAAGUUCAGCACACUUUCCAACUCCCACGGUGCUCGACCUUCCAAUCUCAACAUCACAAACUCCAACCAUCGCAACUCCAUAUCAGGCGCAUCCACCACAUCAUCCUCCAUCACCACCUCCACCGCCUUCAGCAACUACUCCCAAUACGGCGGCAACAUGUACGGUCUGCCAGAAGAAGGCAGCGGGAUGCAGGGCGUCCCAUUGCGGAGAAAAGAAGGACAUGCGUUUUACACGCUGUCAGUGCGGAGUCCGUGGAGCCCGGGUAGCGGCGAGGAUAUGCGGUCGGAAACGAGUGGAGGGAGAAGAAGCGCGGAUAGUUCGCAGUCUCGGUUGGGGAUGGAGCAUGGCGGGGAUGAUGACCGGUUUGAGGGCCAGGCGGGUGGAGAUGUGCCUGUCGUUAGGGUGUCCACAGCCUCGAGGAAUGCGGCGGAAAUUCGCAGACUUCCUCGGGUGUUCUCGCUGAAGAAGGGAGUGAAUCGCGCACGAAGGUUUGAUGGGCCGGUUGGCGAUACAGCCAGUCCGUCAAGGACGCCGGAUGCGAGCGCCGAAGGAGGCACUUUCGGCCGGAGAAGACACUCUACAGUAUCUACUGCUGCUAGUCCUGUCAUUAGCUUGGAGGUUGGCGCGACCUGCUCGCUCUGCAAGGAAGAGUUGGGAGACGGCGAAAACUCUACGAUUAUGCAAUGCGACGUGUGUCAAUCCCGAAUCCAUCCCGCCUGUUUGCCACUAUCCGAAGCACACCCAUGUCCCGCCGCCAUUACCGUCAACACGUCGCGACCGCCGAGCAGCUUCGGGUGAUUACCCGAGGUCACGGAGAUGAUCUGGAGCCGGGGGAAUUUGAACAAUUGGAUGUGGAUGAGCUGGGUCAGGAAUGGUUCAAGAAGGAGGAUUUCAUGGCGGCCACUGAUAAGGAGACCCGGCCAUUUAUGAUCCAAUUCUC